AGGGGAGCAACUAACCUACCCACAGCAUCUCACCACUUGCUCUCUGGAAAUGCUUCAGAUGGGCUUCUUGUUUAGGACCGGUUAGCUAUUCCGUUUAACGUUGCAAAAAUGACAAUGAUGUUGCAGUCGCUUGGACAUCCAGUGCGUCCUUAGAGUGCGUUCCAGGCUACUUCCAUCACGGGAAAGCGCUCGAGAAACUUGGACCAAAGGGAUGCGCCAACGAGUGCAUAUCUUGGCAGGGAUCAGUUAUUGAGGACUGGAAAUGGCACACAGUGGGCUAUCCCUAUGGAAUGAGACUCUUCAUUUUCCUGCUCUGUCAUAAAAGAAUCAAACAGCUCAUAACUUCUGAUAUUUCCCCGGACUGAAAUCUGCUCGAGACCGCCGGACGACGGAAGGCAUCCAAUCCUGCAUUUUGAUGCGGAAAGUUGCAAAUGCUGUGAAUGGAUUUUGUGGCUGCUGAAGUUAUUUUCAUGUCAGCACUGUGACGGAGGUUUGAGGGUUAGACACCUGCCUCUGGGAUCACCAGUGGACAUAUCAGCUGCGGACGGAUUUGUCGACGCGAUAAGCGCUCAUAGAGAAGUCUCUGGCACAGGCAGAUCUUCUGAUGAUCUAAUGGAACUGAAUUUACGAGUAGUGUUGUUCUGGGUCCUGGUGCUGCACUGUGGCUCUGCUGAAGGCAGUAUCCUGUACCGGGUCCAGGAGGAGCAGCCUCCCAACACUCUCAUUGGUAGCCUGGCAGCAGACCAGGGCCUGCCGGACUCGGGUCAUCUCUACAAGCUGGAGGUGGGUGCCCCUUACCUACGUGUGGAUGGAAAGACGGGAGACAUUUUCACCACAGAGAUUCCCAUAGACAGAGAGACCCUGAGGGACUGUCGAUCCCUGGCUAAGGGUAAGCCCUGCUACCUGGAAUUUGAAGUAUCAGUGACCGAUCUGAUACAAAACCAGAGCCCACGACUCAUUGAAGGACGCAUUGAGGUACAGGACAUCAAUGACAACACUCCACAAUUCCCCUCUUCUGUGCUCACCAUCUCUGUCCCAGAGAACACGAUCAUGGGGGCUCUGUUCUCCAUACCACUGGCUACAGACAGAGACUCAGACAGGAAUGGAGUGGCGGAUUAUGCUCUGACUGCAGGGCCAGACGCGGCAACCCUAUUUGGUUUACAGGUGGCUGACGACAGGGGAGGGAAGCUCCCACAGCUUAUUGUCCUGGGCAACCUAGAUCGCGAGUUAAAGGAUUCCUAUGACCUCACCAUCAAGGCAGUGGAUGGAGGAAACCCACAGCGCUACAGCAGUGCUCUGCUGAGAGUGGUAGUCACUGAUGCCAACGACAACUCCCCCAAGUUUGAGAGGUCCACGUAUGAGGCAGAAGUGUCAGAAAAUAGUCCAGUGGGGCACUCCGUGUUGCAGGUUAAAGCAAAUGACUCUGACAUGGGCCCUAAUGGAGAAAUUGAGUACACCCUUCACCAAGCUGUAGACCCAGUGCCGAAACUCUUACGGAUUGAUCGCUCCACAGGCAUUAUCUAUGUCAAAGGACCCCUGGACAGGGAAGAAAUCAGCAGCUUGUCCUUCUAUGUGGUGGCGAGGGAUAAGGGUCCUCAACCUAAAAGCUCCAAGACAUUUGUAACCAUUGAGGUGACUGAUCAAAAUGACAACGCUCCAGCUGUGGAGAUUCGUGGAAUUGGUCUUGUGACACACAGUGAAGGAGUGGCUAACAUAUCAGAGGACAUGCCAGUUGGAACAGCUGUUGCUUUGGUGCAAGUGUCCGACAAGGAUGAGGGAGAGAAUGCUGUGGUUACUUGCGUGGUCGCAGGAGACGUACCCUUCCAGCUACGGCCUGCCAGCGACUCAUCCAGUGACAACAAGAGGAAAUACUUCCUACAGACCACCACUCCCCUUGACUACGAAAGGAUUAGGGAUUACCGAGUAGAGAUUGUGGCUGUGGAUUCUGGAAAUCCAGCACUCUCUAGUACAAAUUCUCUGAAGGUGCAGGUGACUGAUGUGAACGACAACUCUCCAAUAUUCUCCCCAACCUUGUUUGAGGUAGAUUUUGCUGAAGAAAACCAACCAGGGGAGAAAGUUUUGGAUGUUACUGCUUCAGAUGCUGACAGUGGCACUAAUGCAGAACUCCUCUAUAAUAUUGUGGCAGACUCAUCCAUCAAAGGUCUGUUUGAGAUUGACCCAAAUACUGGCGAAGUAAGAGCCCGAAGCCCACUUGACCGUGAGCAUAAAGAACACUACGAGUUCCGGGUCACUGCAGCAGAUAAAGGGUCACCUGUUCAUAAAGGAACAGCAACUGUUGUAAUAAAAGUCCUUGACCGCAAUGACAAUGACCCCAAGUUCAUGCUUAGUGGCUACAGCUUUUCAGUUUUGGAAAAUAUGCCUCCCCUAAGUCCAGUUGGCAUGGUGACAGUCCUGGAUGUGGACAAAGGUGAGAACGCUCGUGUCCACCUCUCUGUAGAGCCUGAUGGAGGGAAGUUUGUUGUCCAAAAUGGAACAGGCACCAUUCUGUCAAGCAUCUCAUUUGACAGGGAGAAAGAAAGCAGCUAUACUUUCCGUCUCAAAGCAGUGGAUGGAGGAGACCCACCUCGGUCUUCAUAUGUGGGCGUUACCAUCAAUGUACUGGAUGAAAAUGACAACGACCCUGUGGUCACCAAGCCCUCCAAUUCCUCCUUUAGGCUCUUAUCACCUCUAGCCUCCCCAGAUAGCCAUGUUGAGGUAGUGGAAGCUGAAGACCUGGAUAGUGGGCCUAACGCAGAGCUGGUCUUCAGUAUUGCUGGUGGAAACCCUUACCAGUUAUUUCGCAUUUCCCCCUCCAGUGGGGAGAUCACUCUAGCAAAAGAGAUGACCCGUAAACAUGGCGGACUGCAUCGCCUAGUGGUGCGAGUGAGUGACAGGGGGAAGCCUGCACGUCAUGCCACUGCCCUGGUCCACAUCUAUGUCAAUGAAACCAUUUCAAAUGUCAGCUUAGUGGAAGCUCUAGUAGGACAUAGUCUUUACACUCCAUUGGACAGGGACAUUGCUGGUGAUCCUGACAAUGGCUUUGCUGCACAGCGUAGUAACAUUUUGUUUGGAAGCCUUGCUGGUGUGGCAGGUGUUGUCAUGUUGAUCCUAGUGGUGGUAUUUAUUCGACACCGCAUCCAGAGAGAGACUAAGAGUGGGUAUCAGGCUGGCAAGAAGGAAACAAAGGACUUAUACGCACCCAAACAGGCACCAAAGAAUGCCAAAGGGAAACGUGGGAGAAAAGGGAAACCCCAGAAGUCCCCAAAACCACUCGGAGAAGACGAGGAAGUGAGCCUUCAAAAGAGUCUCAAGUUCAACCUUGAUGGAGUCAAUGAUAGCCCCAGGAUACACCUGCCCUUAACAUAUUCACCAGGAAGCCCUGAUAUAGGCAGACACUACCGCUCCAACUCCCCCUUACCCUCCAUCCAGCUGCAGGCCCAGUCCCCUUCAGCCUCGCAGAAGCAUCAGGCUGUCCAGGACCUUCCUGCCGCCAACACCUUUGUAGGAACGGGAGGAGAUGACAACUCUACCGGCUCAGACCAGUACUCAGAUUACAGCUACAAGACCAGCCAAAUGAAGUACAGCAACAAACAGCAUCCCCAUCGGCGAGUGACCUUCUCCACCACCAACCCCGUGCAGGACCUGCAGGACGCCUCUCAGCACAGCUACUAUGACAGCGGCUUGGAGGAAUCGGAGACUCCCAGCAGCAAGUCAUCGUCUGGUCCUCGCAUCGGACCCCUGACCCUGCCUGAGGACCACUAUGAGAGAACCACUCCAGAUGGCAGCAUUGGAGAGACCGAGCACCCUGAAAACGAUAUUCGCUCCCUCCCUGACGUGGCAAUGACCGGAAACUGCACAACCGAGUGCAGCGAAUUGGGCCACUCAGACGCCUGCUGGAUGCCCGGACAUCCCUCCCCCGUACGCAAGACCAGGAACCCCCCGAAACUCUCCACCUUCGUGCCUUACCAGGAGAGAGGGAGCCUGGGACGCCUGGCCAACGGGAGUGCCAGGCUGGGUGGCGAGGAGCACCGGCCGCGCCUUCCGCCCUCCCGCAGUGCCUAUUCCAACAGCGGUCACGACGCCAGUCAGGACUGCCCCUCAGAGGAGAUGCCCCUGAGCGUCGCCUCUGAGUUCCCGCCCACCUCCCCUUCUGCCCACACUCCAAAAAGAGAAAUUUACCUGUGAGGAAUAUCGUCAUCUGAUUGGUGCACAAACGAAGAAAAGAUCCACCCACUUCAGAAGGAGAAACAGGCUGUCCACAUGCUAAAGCCAAUGCCCGUUUUGUAGGUAACAAUAGGCUGUGACUCAUCCAACCACUGGCAUGAACACUUGUUUUUGUCAUUUCCUCCUUAAAUUAUUAAUUUAUUAGCAUAUUUAUUAAGAAUUCCACAAAGUUAAUUAAUGCACUCACUCAUUUAUUUAUACAAGAUCCUGAAGGAUACAGAUCUAACUGAUCAAAAGGAAACGCAGAUGGUAAUUGCUACUCUAGUAGUAACUGAAUAUUGUUGUAGUUAGCCAAGUCCCAUUCUGUGAAGUGAUCUCUUGAAUUUGAAAGUUGUGAUCAGUGCUCUUGUGCCAUUAUUAGACAUAAUUUAAUAGACAGCCAGUCAGGCCCGAUCAGAAGGCAUAACACUUUUGACUAACAAUCAACUGAAACGGUCUAUCUUAAUGUACAGUGAUGUAUAUACAUUUGAAUGGUGUGUUCUACAUAUAUUUUUGUCUGGCAUAAGCUGAAAAAAAAUUGCCUCAGAAUUUUAGCAUAUUUAAGCUUUUCUUUGCUGCUGCUGUUUAAACUUGAUUGAAACCAUCUCCAGAAAGUGGAGCUCGAUAUCGUGAAAGGCAUUUAUCCACUCCACACAAUCACAUACACACACGCGCACACACACACCUUGGACCCCUAAUCAUAGUAGAAUGGCCUUUACCUCUGCUCCCUGUAGAGCUCUGCCACUGGUGGAGAAAGCUGUGUGGCAACAUUUAAACUGACAUUAUGUUCCACUGACUCUCAGCACUGUGACCUAUCGUUCAUCAUGAAAAUGGUUGACUUGGCCACAGCACCCCGCAGUCACAAUGACCAAACGCAGAGUACUCACUGGACAAAUUCUGAUUGGCUUUUUCAAAUGAAACCUUGUGACACACUCCGUUGAUGAAAUCAUCCCAGUGUAUCAGUUAAAAAAAAAAAAAAAAAAACUCCUCUCUGUCGUGACAAUCAGACGGACUCUCACAAUCCUUUACCCCGAAGUCACAGUCCUUUCCCCUCACGAUCCAUAAGAACUUCUGUCGAUCUAAUGAAUUCAGAGUUAUUUACAUGAAAGGGCACUUGAGCGUGGAUAACCACUGGAGAGCUCGAGCACUUACCGAAGUUAAUAACACGCUGACGUACUACAUGAGUGCUCUUUGAUGAGAGUACUUUCUUUGUUUUAUAAAGUAUCAGUUCUCACUAGAUACUUCUUCAGAGGUGAAUUCAACACAGUGCACACUGAAAGACUAAAUUUAUGGACAAUGUGGAUCUUGAGUUGAUAAGUCUAAUUAAAUAUUUGGAGUAACUGUCAAUACCAUGAGGAAUUUCUCAAUAAAUAUUUGAUUUUAAGGUAUAAUAUGCAGGACUGUCAGUUGGGCUCGUCAACCCCAGAUUCAGUCUCGUUUGGUGUUUGGCCUUGCUAUAUUUGCAUUAUUUGGCACAGUGUCUCUUGGAUGCCUGCUGCCCACGGUCUGGCACCUGGUCACUGUGGGGGUACAUGCCUAUAAACCUCCUGAACACAGAAAAUUAGAAGAACAUAGAGAAAGAGGGCAGAGUCUCUGCAGAAAAAUACACCGCCACACACUUCUGCCUAAGUGAUGAUUGAGAGGGAUUACUUCUGUAUGAGUCUAUACAUUGUUUUUCAGGAACAUCCUGCAUAGUAUAUUUUAAAUGUCGGUGAUUAAUCCCUGCAAAUGCAGAGUGUUGUUGAGCUUGAACAUAGGAUUAGAUAGUAGGAGUCAGGCUUGAUUUACUGCAACUCUUGUUAAUUAUGAUUUUCCCUGUAUUGAGGACAACAUGCUUAAUAAAUUAUAAGGCAUUUUUCCUCUGGCUAUUGAACAGAGACUAAAAAAUAGGGCAUGCCCGUGGGCUUCAUUUAUCUUUACAAAGAUUUUCCAAGUGAAUCUGAAGGAUAUGUCUGAAGGACACUGCGUAUUAGUCGGUAAUUGGAUGUUAAUGAUGACAACACUAGCCUGCCUUACAACAUCGUAGAGCUAGCCGCUGUCUUUGAUUUAAACAUUGAUUUGAUUAGAUUUGUAGAUACCUUUCACCUCUGCAGAGUAUUUCCAUAGUGAGAUUGUGCCUCUGAGUAAGGGUGGAAGAGCCUUGAAUGGACAUUUCCUAAUUAGGGUGAGUAAUGAGUCCUGAGCUAGGGCAUGUGUGAGCACACCCCCAGGACAAGGCACCCACCAGAUAAUGCAAAUCCACCCGCAGAGCCACAAUCAGUUAAAAGGGGUAUUUUUAUCAGCACUUACCUCAUCAUGCUGCCAUUGAAAGCUGCGUUUAGAAUAAUUAAACUGAAAACAUAUGGAAAUUACUGGACAUGGCCAUGAUUAAAUAAGGUGGGCGAUUAUCCUGCCUUGAGGGGGAGAAAGCACAUUAUGCCGUUUUCAAAGCCAUUUAGCGACUGAAAUAAAAAUUCAAACAACAGCCAUGAUACACUGUGAUUAAACCCCCACGGCUCCCCCAAGCACCCCUCUCAGAGCUGUGGAUAGCCGCUUCACGAACUCAAAGCAGUGGGUAAGAUCACUGACCUGGAAUUAAUGAUAAGUGAGAAAGAUAGCAAUGAGUGAUAAAACCAAUGUCACAUAGCCUCAAUCACAACUUUAUCUAUUUAAACGCUUCGACUCGAUUCAGAUUCACAACUGCUUUGCAUCCAGAUUUAUCUCCGGGGUUAAAUCUUAACCCGAUUCCAGCCUAAGUACACUUAUCGCUUUAGUGAAUCUGGUAUCUUCAGAUUUGUCUCUUUGAUCACCGAUACGUGAAACAAAUGGGGUAACUCUCAGGAGAUAACUUGUAAUCAUCUGUUGUUGCUCCAAACAGAAUGGCAGGAGUUUGAUUUAAGUCCUCUGCAAAAUAAAAAACAAGCCUGGGCCUAUUUCCCCUCCUCUCUUAAUGAGUUGGACUCUUUCACUCGAGCCGAUAAUGACCUCCUGCUACUCACCCCUGGAACAAUAUAUCACCAGGUUUGACCUUUCUUUUGAACUCAUGCUGAAUGAACUGUGUUUACUUCUCUCUCAAACACAGAACGGUUCUCCUUGAUCAAAGUGGGAGGACAUCAUGAAGCACCUAAAUACACUCAAAAGUAUGUUGAAUAAUGUUUAAUUUGUACUUAACAUUGAUUUAAUGUUGAAUUCACUUGAGUAUCUUUUGCCUCUCUGUAGUGUGUAUUGUAUGGUGAUCAUUUCUGUGGACAGAUGGACAAAUUACUGUACUGAAAUUGGCAAGAGAUUUUUUUUUUCUUACUGAUCAAAGACUCUUAGAAAAGUGGUUGUGUGAAAAAAUAAAGAAAAUCUUUUGGUGGUGUAGUGUACAUAGAUCUCCACAACCCUAUGUCUGCCGUCAGGCAGGCGACGAUUUUAGCAUGAAUUCCAAAGAUAAUUGGUAGAAACUGUUUACUCUUUCUUUCUUUUAUUUUACUUUCUGAAAUGUCAGUGCUGGUUCAUAUUCAAAAGGCCCCUCUCCCAAAACGAACUGAAAUUAACUGAACAUUUCAUCUUUUUCCACAGUUCAUCUAGAACAAAGACAAUUGCCUUGAAAAAAAUGUCUUUGCAAGAGAGAAUCUAGUUGUUAUCCUAAUUGUUGGUAUAUUUAUAUAGGAUAAAAUGCUUGUGAUGCCAUGUUUUUGUACAGUUUUAUGUACAUACAAGUGAAGCUUUCUAAAAGUUCUGAGAAAAGCCGAUGGCAUAUAAAAAUUGUAACAUGUUUUCUUGAGAUGUGCACAUCUUGCCUUGGUUGGAUUGACCUUUGCUGAGUCAGUGUGAAUGUGGCCGUUCUAUGCCUGCACUGUAGUCAUUCACCGGCUCCCACCUCCUGAGGACUUAAUCAGUUUUUAUGUUUAUCGUGAACAGUGGAUUGUCUUAUCUUACCAGUUUGUUAAACUCCUGUGUUCUGCUUUGUUCUGUUUUCGCAUGUUGACAAAUUCUCUUGUAAUACUGUAAGUCCUCAUGAACUUUGUAAU